AUUCAGAUCUCUGCGUGUGUGGUCCAAGGGAUGGACUUUAAUCGCGGAAGCCGUAUCGUAAUGAUGUGGCGAAACGGAAUCUGACGGCCGUGCCUCUCACUCGGGGUCGUGUUUGUUGGAGGGGACGAGGUUAAAACUGCUAUCGUCGGGCUCCCCGACUGACUGAUAGGCCUGUCUGAAAAGGGGUCUCCUCACUUUGGCUCUUGAGCAGUUCUCUCACGAAUUUCCAGCCUUGACAUAAACUGAGAUGGAUAAACUGACCAUAAUUUCAGGGUGUCUCUUUCUGGCUGCGGAUAUAUUUGCCAUAGCUAGCAUUGCAAAUCCGGAUUGGAUCAACACGGGCGAGUCAGCAGGUGCCCUGACCGUGGGUCUGGUGAGGCAGUGUCAGACCAUCCAUGGGCGUGACAGGACAUGCAUCCCCCCACGGUUGCCGCCUGAGUGGGUCACCACACUCUUCUUUAUCAUCAUGGGCAUCGUCUCCCUCACAGUCACCUGCGGCCUACUGGUGGCGUCACACUGGCGCCGAGAAGCCACGAAGUAUGCACGGUGGAUCGCCUUCACGGGAAUGAUCUUAUUCUGUAUGGCGGCUCUCAUCUUCCCAAUCGGCUUCUACAUUAAUGAAGUGGGUGGCCAGCCGUACAAGCUGCCCAACAACACCGGGGUGGGCUCCUCGUACGUGCUCUUCGUGCUCUCCAUCUUCUUCACGAUAGUGGGGCUGCUCUUUGCAGGGAAAGUGUGUUUGCCCGGCUGAGGCUGCGUCUCCUCUGGGGUCAGCUGGGAUUUUGUGGUGGUUUUCAUUUUUGUUUUUUGUUUUCCCUCCUUCUUUGAAGGGGAGCAAGACGCAGAACUGCUGGGUGUGUGGGCUGGCAUGGUACACACUUGUACCGAAUAACUUGCAUAAUUGCAAUGCUGUCACUGCGAACCUGGCGGAGUCUGCUGCUCUUCACUAAAAACAACCUGUGCUUAUUUCUGAAAUGUCUUUAUUUUGCACUUUGGCGCGUUCGCCCAUGCACGUGGGACAGAGAAGGGCCUCAAACAGGAUGUCCAGACUGAGAGUUGCGGCGGAUGCCGGCGGUUACUGCAGUGCUGUAAUUCCGUCAUCCUGCGUUACCAGAGGCUCUUCUCUUCAGGACCUGUGAGUGGAUUCGAGCGCUAACACGCCUCAUGUUUUUUGGGUUUACUUUUUUGUUCCCGGUUGAGGAGUACCAAUCACUUCCUGUCCUGUCACUCCAGCUCUGUAGAGUUUUCCAGGGUUUUGUUGCCCCCUGUUUUUCUGGAGCGAAAGGACUGUCUGCUGGUGGAAGGCUGAGGCAUGAGAGACCCCUGAGUCUGGGAGCACUGCCCAGCAGGACCAGGGGACACUCGGGCUGAAAGCAGAACCACAGCACCUCCCCCUCGGUCUGCUGUACUGGGCUCAGUGGAGAGGCCCUAGCCUGAGACUGGCCUGAGAGCACUGCCUGGGGACACAGAUGCUGGGCUGCUCUUAAGAAGAGAGAAAAUGGAACAGUUCGUGGAUAGACGAAAACUAAGUGGAAACACAAAUUUUGAUAAACACUACAGAAGAGACGAGCACUAGGACUGCCGGUCAGGACCCUGUGAGGCGGUGCCUCACUGUGCUACAUUUCCUGUCUGAGAAAACAUCUCCAUGCGCGCGCACGCGCCCGCACACACACGUUUAUGGACACACCUCUGGAUCUGGUGACCAAAACUGACUCCUACCAGCCCUCUGUGCACAUUGGGCUCCAUCAGCUCAGUCUUAGAGAAAAUGAGAGGGUGGGGGGGAGAGAGAAAGAGAAAGAUGUGCUUUGUCCUUUAAACUGAUCACCUUUUUCUUGCCUUGAUUUGUUCUUCAGACUCUAGAUUUGGUUUGUUUCAUUUGCUAAUGUGCCAUGAAUCUGUUUUUGUUGUAUGGAUCCUAAGGGCGGGACUCUAGAGAGCACUGUGCAGCAUAGCCAUUAGUAGGUGAAGCACCACAAAUGUACAAAAAGAGAACUCCUUACCUCAUUGUUUUGUAAUUUAGAUUUUGUUCCCUUUUUCCUAGCCAUGACAAUAUGUGUCCUGUAAGUUAUGCUUUGCUUUGGUCAGAGACAUUUGCUGAAAAUGCUGUGAUCAUCGCAGUUUAUUUAUCUGACACUGAAUAACAGGAGUAAACGAAUGUCUGAGUGAGUGAAAUAUUAGUUUGGUUUGCUUUCAAGUUUUGAAGUAAUCCCUAUUUUCAAACAGUGUAACAUUUCAUAAGUGUCUAUUUACAAGGACUUGGAGCAGAAUCUGUAUUGUUUUUGAUGUCUGAUGUAUUAUCAAAUGAAGGUUAAAAUUUUUCCUAGAAAAAUUUUUUUUCAUUAAAUGUUCUUAUCAAUUCUUUCUUGAACCUGCCCCAACACCCUGAUAUAUUGACACACACAAGUCAUUUUAACAAUUGCCUUUACAUUUCACUUUAUUUAAUUUCACAACCUCUGCUGAGAGCCCUUUUGCUGGAACCAUUCACAUUGUUUUCAAAGAUGACAAAAAUAUAAAAAUGGGUUUAGCCAAACUGCUGUUUUAAGACAGGCUUAAGAGAUCAGAGCCUCCCUGUUCAGUAUUCAAGACUAAACAGCAAAGGUAUGCUUUUAUGUGUAAAGGAAGACAACACACGGCUGACUUUCCCUGCUUUGGAUUUAGGAAACCUUGUGAAAUGGGAAUUAAAUGGCUUUACAUAAAGGGUUAUUAAUAGCUGUUAUUUAUGAUAACAAAAGGGAAGAAUCAAAAUGUAUGAAUAACAGUAUUAUCUAUCAAAGGAUGUUAGGAUUCCUUGUGCACAGUUACUGUUAACAGAUUCAUAUUACUGGCAAGACAACUGUUUUACUUCUGCUUCAUUUUGUUUCGAUAUUUCACUGUACACAAUAAAAGGCAUUCCAAAGCCUUA